AUGGAUACAACAAAAGCGAAUGAGUCGGGAAAAACACAACAGGAUGAUGGAACAACUGCUGCAGAAAGUAUAUUUGGAUCUAUGACAGGGAAGACACCGAUACAGUGCCGGAGGAUGGUAGAUAAAUUUGCACAGGUGCUCAAAUUCGAGAACGAAGACAACGAAGGAUAUGCUGAUAGCAACAUCCCAGAAUUGCAUGCAGAUGGUGCAUCAUUUCUCUGGUACCGACUCGUCGAAGAGCUUGAAAUGGACAGAAUGUUUGCAAACAAGAAGUAUCCAACAAUGCAAGAGAUAUCAGAGGCAGCUACUCCCACAGUUGGGAUGGAAUUCGAUUCAAAAGAUGAUGCAUUCUUCUUCUUUGCAGUGUGCCGUGACGAUACAUACGUUGACAGUGCACUCAGACAGAGACGGACUUCCAGGAUUGUGCAGACAAAAUGCAAAGUCAGAAUGUUUGUGAAGGAAUACAGAGGAAAGUGGUCAAUAAGUAACGUGAGACUAGAACAUAACCACAACCUAGCUCCGUCAGAGUGGAUAGUAAGGUUCAUGAAGUGUCACGAGUCAAUGUCCGCAUCAGACAAGACUCUGAUCCACAUCCUACAAGAAACAAGAGUUCCACCCAGGAACAUAAUGAAAAUAUUCAGGAAAACAAGGGGAAGCUUCAGGGCAGUUCCAUUUGAUACAAAAAACCUAGAGAACGAGCUAGCAAAAGAAAGAAAGAAAAUUAAGAACAGGGACAUUGAAGAGUUGUUGCUACUAUUCAAGGAAACACGUGAAAAGAUGCCUGGAUUCAGACAUUCACUUGAUGUUGACAGCGAUAAUAGAGUGAAAAGUAUAUUUUGGACAGACCAGAUAGGGAGGGCAAACUACUCAAAGUUUGGGCAAUUUGUAUCAUUUGAUACAACAUUUUCAACCAACCAGUAUGGGAUGCCAUUUGCUCCAAUAUUAGGGGUUGAUAACUAUGGCAAAACAGUCGUGUUCGGAGUAGGACUGCUCGAGGAUGAGAGAGCAGACACUUUCAAGUGGCUGUUUGAGGAAUUCCUGUCUGCUAUGGACAACAAGCACCCAGAAACUAUAAUAACAGACCAAGACGUUGCGAUGAGGAUUGCAAUAUCUGAAGCAUUACCUUACACAGUGCACCGUUUCUGCAACUUUCACAUCAGCAAGAACCUGGAUGACAAGUUGUCCCUAUUCUUCGCAGUAAGAGGGACUCUGAAGGAAGAACUAAGAGCGGUUAUAAGGAACUCAUUUACUCCAGAGGAAUUCGAAAAUAGCUGGCAUGAUCUACUGGAGCGCCACAAUGCUUUGGGAGAGCCACACCUGGACAGGAUAUAUGACAUCAGAGCUCAGUGGGUCCCAGCAUAUUUCAAAGAGAGAUUCUUCCCAUUCACUUCAUCGACGGGGAGAAGUGAGAGCACAAACUCCUUAUUCAAACACUAUGUAAAAAGAAAGGACUCGAUUGCAACAUUCUUCAAGGAGUAUAUCAUAAUACAAGAAAAAAAACAGUCCGACCUAGAUCGCCUAAGAGAGAAAAGUGAGUUCAAGGAGUCUGUGAAUUGGGGAUUCAAUCCUCUUGAAAGGGAAGCAAUGAAAAUCUACACAGACCCAAUAUACGGCAAGUUUGCUGAAGAGCUAAGGAAGGGUACUGCUUACAACGUUGAAGUUGUGGAAGAGAAGAGAUUGUACAGAGUUAUUAGGGUGGCAAACUAUAGAAAUGCAGAGUUCCCCAAAUUAAUAUAUAUGGUUACUAUUUCCUCUGAUGACGAUGUGUACAGAUGCUCGUGCUCUAAGAUGGCUCGCGAUGGAAUACACUGCUGCCAUGUCAUGAGGGUGGCUAGUCAUAUUGGUUUGACUGAGCUUCCUGUCAGUUUCAUCAACCCUAGAUGGACUACUGCAGCUGGGAUAGAGGUAGCGCGAUUGACGGAGAGAAGAAGCAAUACAGCAUCACAGAACACACACUUGGCUGUUAGACACGCGAUUGAAAUGAGCAAAAUAUCACACAUACUAUCUACUGUCUGCACGGAUGAUAGGUCAUACGACUUGUUUGCUGAAGGAGUUGCUGAGCUGAAGAAAGCUAUAUGCAAAGAUGCAAUGGAACGCCUCCAGACGAAAGAAAAAGUCACACGUAAGAGAAAAAAGGUUGAUGACCCAGUUCAACAAGAUACUGACAAUAUGCGUCAUGAAGAUAGAGAAGACAACAAUCAUGGACACAACAAUGAACAGAUACACCAUGAGGAGAAAAAUUCAAGUGACGAAGAAAAAAAUGAAGAUGAGCAUCGCCCUUAUAAGGAUCCACCACAGUCAGGAAAACCAGGGUUCAACCUAGGUGAAAGACCUAUGAAUUUCCAUGAGAAAUGUGCUGCAAAACUAAAGAAAAAGGCUGCACCAAGAUUGUGUGGACUUUGCAGGUUGCCUGGACACAAGAGACCAAAAUGCCCAGACAGAGACAAGGUUGGCAUGAGCAUACCAGGAAUGGAUUCCCAAAAAGAAGAAGGGAACCCAUGA